AAGUCGGUCGUUUUGGUUGAAAAACGACUAUAACUAACUGAUUGACUUCACCACCCCCAGAUUCAAUCCAAAAUUUCUAGGGUUUUUCCUUCAAUCACAAUUGCCAUCUUCUCCAACUGUAUCUGUACUCCCACCACCGAUGUCCACCGCCGUAGACAAAGUCUUCGGCGACGUUCCGAUGAGCCCAGAACUCCGCAAAUCUUUCAACCUCCUCAAGUCCCACGCCUCCAAAGUUGCCAACUUUACCCUCCAAUGGCAGGACCUCGAAGAUCACUUACGCUCCAUCGACGACUCCAUUCAAUCCAAAAUCAACCAGCUCCAGAAAUCCAAACAAGCCCAAUUGAAAUCCGAACCCAAUUCUCAACAAUCCACCCAGGUCAACUCCGCUGUCGAAUCGGCGAAAGCGCAAUUGGAUGGCCUCAACACCCAAUUCAAAGCUGAAGUUUCUUCGUCCGAAUCCGAAAGCUUGGAUUUCAAUGGCGUGGUGGUGCACGAUGGAGAGGGUUUGCUGGUGUUCAUGAAUGAGCAUUUGAAAGAGAAGGAGCCGUCUCGCGAUCUCAUCACAGAUGCGAUUAGGGCCUCUGUGGGCUCUGGGAAGAUAGUGCUUGAGGCAAUGAGGUGGUUCUAUCCGUCGGAGUCGAAUAAGGGAGAAAUGAGCUGUGAGCUGAGUGUUGUUAGGAGAAGUUGUGUGGUUUUGUUGGAGGAGAUGACCAAAGUGAGGCCGUUGAUUAGGCCUGAAGUGAAGGAAGAGGCGGUGAGGGUUGCAUUGGAGUGGAAGGGAAAGGCUAGAAAUGAAGCGACCAAUACUCUGGAGCUUUGGGCUUUCUUGCAGCUUGUGGGUGCUUUUGGGUUGGUUUGUGAGUUUGAUAGGGAAGAGAUUUUCAAGCUGUUUGGUAGCGUGGCGGUAAGGAAACAGGCGCCGGAGUUGUUUAGGUCUCUUGGUUUCGGGGAUAGAGUGUCGGAGUUUAUUCAAAAACUGGUAUCACAGAAGAUGCGACUUGAGGCUAUUAGAUUCAUUCAUGCAUUUGAACAGCUUGACAAGUUCCCUCCUAUGCCCCUGCUUAAAGCACAUUUGAAGUUCGCCAAGAAGGAUGCAAAGAUUAGUUGCAAGAGGGGGCAAGAUCCUCUUAAAGCAGAGGAUGCUGCCAUAGAUAAAGAAGUAGUAUCUCUAAAAGCUAUAAUACGAUGCAUUGAAAGCUACAAGCUUGGAGUUGAACCACAGUAUUCUCCUGAGAACCUCAGAAAGCGCAUCAGCCAGCUGAAAAAGCAGAAAAAAGAGAAGCAAGUUACUCAAGCAACUCGUGUCCCUGAGGUUCAGGGGCAAAACUUGAGUGGAAAGAAACGUACUGCCCCUGAAGUUAAGGCUCAACCCAAUAAGAAGAACAGUAAUAAGCAUCAUCGGACAGACCCAGCUGCUGUUAGAAAUGCUUCUUUCAGAGCACCAACCACAGGACACUCAAUACACCCAUCUUAUCUUCGUCCAGUAGACUCGUUUGAGAGUCGAGGUGCAGAGUACUUUAUACCAUCAGCUGGAAUGCCUCGACAAGCAGUGGAUGCUCCCCAUACUUCUUAUGGCACUGCUUCGACCUUUAACUCAUUGCGAGCAUCUCAUUAUCAGCUAACAGGUUCGUACAAAGGUGAAGGUGCCGAAUAUGCUGCUCGAUACUGUGAUUCGGCAUACUCCAUUCCUGAUGCUCAUAGUGGCUUAUCAGCUGGACAUUAUGGUUUGAUCAGUUCCUCUCCUAUCACCCAUACCCGGCAAACCACCUUGACAGGUGGAGCCUACGAAUUGACAGGCUCCUCUCCUAUUGCCCAUACGCGGCACACCACUCAGCAUAUAAACUCAGCAACUGCUUCCUAUGGAUUGGGGGGCAGUUCUUCUGUAUCUUCACAUUUGAGCCCAUUGACCAAGCGGUAUGGGGCUAGUAGUAUGGCUGUAAAUGGGAGGACUGGGCAGUUUGGAUCAGCAGGAAGCCCUCCCCCUGCGCGCGUAACCAAUGUGAGCCCAAAUUCUUAUGUGUCCGGUGAUCCACUGAGAAUGGCUAAUCACAAGGAUAGGCCAGUUUCUUCAAGUAGUGGCUAUGGCACACAUACUAAUCAGUACCAGCCUUCCAUUUAUCACCUUUAGCUUAGUUCUAUACUUGCAGCUUUUUAAGAGAAGUUCGCUUGCUGGUAUUUGUAAUUUGAUUUAGAUCAGCAGAUCUGUGUUAUAACUCCCUGUUUAUGUCUCCCAUUUUUCAAACAUUUACCAACUUUGUUAACGGUCAUAUGAUAUAAUAAUAUGUCUUGCAAUACUCAAACUGAUAGGAGUGUAAAUGAAUUUCAGUUGGUAUUUGUGAA